UUUUGUCGGUUAAAUUUCUAAUACAAUUUGAGAAUAAACUAUUUUCGUAAUGCUUUAUACUUUCUCUUAUUUCUUGUUUGCAGCUUUAUUUAAAUCUUCUCUUUUUUAUACAGGAAAAUUUCUUUUUUUUCUUAGUUGUAGACGAAUGCGAGUAAUGAUCUACGCUUGGGGAAUUUUAAGUAUAUCAUAAAUUGUGAAAUAGUUAUUGUAUAAAUAUUUAAUUCAUUUGGUCGUCAACAAUCCAAUGUACAGAAACCAUGAAGCUCCCAUGCAUAAAGGAGAAAAUUCCAGAAACGGAGCGGCGUCUUCGGAUGAACGACGACGUUUACAACGCCGCUUUUAAAUACGCGAACAACUUCAUCAAGACGUCGAAGUACAACAUCGUGACGUUCCUACCCAUCAACCUGUACGAGCAGUUCACGCGUCUUGCAAACUUCUACUUCCUGUGUCUGCUGAUCCUGCAGCUCAUUCCUGUGGUGUCCUCCCUCAACCCCAUCACUACCAUCCUACCCUUGCUCGGAGUCCUGUCUCUCUCGGCUCUCAAAGACGCUUAUGAUGACAUCCAAAGACAUCGCAGCGACAAACAAGUGAACAACCGAGUCUCGCAGGUGCUCAGGAAUGGCGUCAUGGAAGAAGUCUUAUGGAAAAAUGUUGUGGUGGGCGACAUAAUACGUAUGACGAGCAACGAGUUCGUGGCCGCAGACCUGCUACUCCUGAGCACGUCGGACGCUAACGGCCUCUGCUUUGUUGAGACGUCCGAGCUCGAUGGUGAGACAAACCUGAAGUGCAAGCAGUGUCAGCCUGACCUCACCGAGCUCCAUGACAACGUGGAGCUCAUCAGCGCUCUGGACGGGGAGGUUGUGUGUGAGCCUCCCAACAACAACCUGUCCAAGUUCCAAGGCACGCUUACAUGGCGUGGAAAAAAGUACUCUUUAGACAAUGAGAACGUGUUGCUUCGAGGUUGCAUUUUACGCAACACGGAGUGGUGUUACUGCGUCGUGCUUUUCGCUGGAGCUGAAACCAAGCUCAUGCAGAACGCUGGAGAAUCUUUCUUCAAACGCACCAGCAUGGACAGACUUCUGAACACCAUCAUUCUCGGGAUCCUGCUGUUCCUUCUGGUGAUGUGUCUCUUCUGUGCCCUCGGCAGUGGCAUAUGGGAAAGCAUUGUUGGCUUUAAGUUUCAAGUAUUCCUGCCAUGGACUGAUGUUAUUCCUCAAGAGAAGAAUCGGGGAGCCGCAGUCACGGCAUCGCUGGUCUUCUUCUCGUACAUCAUUUUGCUCAACACCUUCGUGCCUAUCUCGCUCUAUGUCAGCGUGGAGAUGAUCCGUCUCUUCCAAAGUCUGCUCAUUAACUGGGAUUUAAACGUGGAGAUGAUCCGUCUCUUCCAAAGUCUGCUCAUUAACUGGGAUAAGAAGAUGUGUUAUAUGCCUUCAAAAACCUACGCCAAAGCCCGCACCACAACACUGAACGAGGAACUCGGACAAGUUCAGUACAUAUUCUCUGAUAAAACUGGUACUCUAACACAGAACGUGAUGACAUUCAACAAAUGCUCCAUCAACGGAGUGUCCUAUGGCGACGUGGACGACGAUCUCGAGGGUUACGACCAGCCCAUUGACUUCUCCGGCAACCCAUACUCGGAACCAUCGUUCGUGUUCUACGACCGCAAACUCACCGUGGACCUGCGCACUCACGACCCGCACGUCGAGACGUUCUUCCUGCUACUGGCGCUCUGCCAUACCGUCAUGCCGCAGGAGGAGGACGGUAAGCUGGUGUAUCAAGCGCAGUCGCCGGACGAGAGCGCUCUUGUUUCCGCGGCCAGGAACUUCGGCUUCGUUUUCAAGUCCCGGACUCCUAACAGCAUCACUGCUGUGAUCAACGGCGAAGAACAGACUCACGAGUUGCUGUGCAUCCUUGACUUCAACAACGUUCGCAAAAGAAUGUCCGUGGUGAUCCGGUAUGACGGAAAGCUUCGUCUUUUCUGCAAAGGCGCCGACUCGAUCAUCUUUGAGCGCCUGAGAGCUGACCAAGAAGAGAUCAAGAGUAUUACUUGCGAGCAUAUUGAUAGUUACGCAGGCGAAGGUCUGCGCACGCUCUGCCUCGCUUAUAAGGAUCUCAGCGAGCAAUAUUACGCGGACUGGUGGAACAGAUACCAGGAUGCUGCCACAUCUCUCGAAAACCGUGAAGAAAAAGUAGACGCAAUCUUUGAGGAAAUCGAGAAGGAUCUCAUUCUGAUAGGAGCUUCAGCCAUCGAAGACAAGCUCCAGGAAGGUGUGCCUGAAGCCAUCGCUAAUUUGUCUCUUGCUGGCAUCAAAAUUUGGGUCCUGACCGGAGACAAGCAAGAGACCGCCAUCAACAUCGGCUACUCCUGCCAUCUGCUGACGGAUGAGAUGCACGAGCCGAUCAUCGUGGACGGCGAGACGGAGGAAGACCUAGACACGCCCUGCCCUCUCCCUCGCCCUGCCCUCUCCCUCGCCGUGCCCUCUCCCCCGCCGUGCCCACUCCCUCGCCCUGCCCUCUCCCUCGCCGUGCCCACUCCCUCACCAUGCCCUCUCCCUCGUCGUGCCCUCUCCCUCGCCCUGCCCUCUCCCUCGCCGUGCCCACUCCCUCACCAUGCCCUCUCCCUCGCCGUGCCCUCUCCUUCGCCCCUGCCCUCUCCCUCGCCCUGCCCUCUCCCUCGCCCUGCCCUCUCCCUCGCCGUGCCCUCUCUCUCAGAGGGAGAGACCGGCCACUCGCUGGUAGUGAACGGCCACUCGCUGGUCUUCGCGCUGCAAGACGACAUGGAGGAACUGCUGCUAGCCGUCGCCUCGCAGUGUCGCGCCGUGAUCUGUUGCCGGGUGACGCCUCUACAGAAGGCCAAGGUGGUCGACCUCGUCAAGCGCUACAAGAAGGCAGUGACGCUCUCCAUCGGCGACGGAGCCAACGACGUCUCCAUGAUUAAAAUUGCCCACAUCGGCGUAGGCAUCUCAGGCCACGAAGGCAUGCAAGCCGUGCUUGCGUCGGACUUCGCUGUAGCGCAGUUCAAGUACUUGGAACGACUGCUGCUGGUGCAUGGACGCUGGUCUUACUACCGCAUGUGCAAGUUCCUUACGUAUUUCUUCUACAAAAACUUCGCCUUCGCAUUCUGUCACUUCUGGUAUGCCUUCUUCGUGGGGUUCUCGGCGCAGACUGUGUUCGACACGCUGUUCAUCUCAGCGUACAAUUUGUUCUACACUGCGUUACCGGUUCUCGCACUCGGCAGCUUCGAUCAAGACGUCAACGAGGACUACAGUCUGCGGUUCCCAAAGCUGUAUACGCCAGGCCUCGAGAAUCGCUGGUUCAACAAGAAAAUUUUCGUUCGCUCUGCGGGUCACGGUGUUUUGACAUCUGGCGUCCUUUUCUUUGUAGUUUAUGGUGAGUAUACAAAUGGUAUUCGUUCUAACGGGCUGACGCUCUCUGAUUUCUACUCCUUCGGCAGCGUCUUGUCCUCCAUCCUCGUCAUCGUGGUCACCGCACAGAUCUGCCUGGACACCGGCUACUGGACUAUAUUCAAUCACAUCACGAUCUGGGGCUCGCUGAUUUUCACUUACCUGCUUCAGUAUGCGGUGAACCACGGCUUCAAGGGCGCCUACGUUAAUUCUCUUGCGAUGCCAAUGGGCGAACCGGGAUAUUACUUGUGUUCGCUGCUGGUAGUCGUCAUGGUCAUCUUGCCAGUGCUAGCUUGGCGGUUCUGGAAUGCGGACGUGCACCCGACUCUCUCCGACAAAGUGCGCUACAAGCAGCAAUAUGAGAAGAAAGGCGUUAAACCUGCCAAACCUCGACCCAUGCCUCGACUCUUCCGGCGACAAUCAACCAUGCGCAGACGAGCGCUGGGCAAGUCAAUGCGGUCGGGCUACGCUUUCUCCCACCAAGAAGGUUACGGCCGCCUCAUCACGGAGGGAAAACUGCUUGGUGUGCGACGCUUGUGAUUCUGGCCACUGCUUCUCUACACGAGGUCACUUCUACUGGCAUUUAUAACAUCUUGUUGACAUUGAUAAUUCAUCUCUUGAGAUUGAAGUAUUCGGAUUAUUGCCGUGAACAUAAUUCAUGUGCAUGAAAGGAAAUUUUUAAACAUGACAACGAAAGUACUGUUGGGGAACAUAUUUUAGGAAAGAUGUGAUGAUGCCGAAUGCCAUUAGAAAUAAUUAUUCAAAAUAGUGAAAGUCAUCGAUUAGGAUGUGGUUGUAGCUCAUUGUUAAAGCCGAUUGAAUAGAGUUCGAGAAAUGUUGUUAGCUGAUAGUCAUGUUUGAAGUUUGAGGUCCUAUUAGUAUUUUUAUCUGAAAAAACGAAAAUUAGCAAUUUAAUGUGAUACUUGUUGGAGAAAACUCUUACAAAUGAAGUUAUGAAAUGAAAUACUUCUGCCAAGAUAAAGUUAUUACUGAACAAAGUGCGCAAGUUUUACCAAUACAAGACUUACGGAUAGCGUCUUCUGCUAAGUGUAUUAGUGUGAAACUUUAACAGCGUUUAAUCGUACAAUCUUUGCUUAUCAUAUAGAUAAGCCUUUUCUGUGCCUUUUAUAGCGUAAGUUUCCAUUAAAGUAUCCAAUAUUUGUUUACCUAUUUAUCUAGAAACAUAACGAUAAGAGUUAUUUAAAACGUGAAUUAAUUUGUGACGUGAUUUUGUGAAUAUCCCUCCAGGUGUUAGAAUGACUUAAUUAAGAGCAAAUCAAUCUAGUGGCGCAACUUGAUGCUGUAUAAGCGUUUAAAGAACAUUAUUUUAUAUACUAAUAGAAAAUUUCAAACUAAUAUUUUUCAAGCUGGAUAAUAUUUUUAUACAUUCUUCACUUAAAUUCGAGAGUUUAUACCACGAUUUGCCUGUGACUAGAUGUAUAUUUCAAUGUGAAUGGGAAGAUUGUGUGGUAGUUUUGUCGUUAUAAGUCUAUUUAAUUAUGCGUAGUUGGAAGCAUAGGUUAGUGCUUUAUUGCUUGAGGAAUUAUUUGCCUAGUAUUAUUUCGCGAUUUUAUAUUUUUAACAACCAAUCUAUGCAUAUAAAUACAAUUGUAUAGUUUUUUCCUAGUCAAAUGUUAAUUGCUCUACAAUUUUAGAUGAAACGAUUGAAAAUCAAGAAAACUGCCAAUGUACGAGACAAAUGUGUUAUUUUAAUUCGUCAUGUAAUAGUCUUAUCAAUUAAUCAUUACAACUGGUCUCUAAUUUGAAGUAUGCAAAAUAGGAAUGUACGGUAAACCAAAUAGAAAUUAUACGGAUACUGAUCAAGUUGAAAUACAGUGGUUGGAAAUUUA